CGCAGAGGAGAUAAUUGAAGCCCGGCGAUAGGAUUUAAAUCGUUGUUGGGGUAAUAUAGCGUAGCUGCAGGCGUUCAGGCAGGUACCUACUUCUCAUUAUUGAGCCUGUUUCAGAAGUUCAAUCAGUGAUGGCAGACCCAGAUGGUGGAGAGUUUGAACUUGAAGAAGCUCCUCCAAAACCACCUGAUAAAAAUAAAGUUGAAAAGAGCAAACAUGAUUUAAGCUGUCAAAUUGACAACUUGGAAAAACAGCUGAAGGGCUGUAACCUGAACGAAGGCGUGGAUGAGCGUCUGCAGCAGCUGCGGACCGCGCGGGAAGCCCUCUACGAGCAGCACCGGCUGACCGACGAGCGUCUCAAGUCGCUGGCGCGGCUCAUCACAGAAACGCGUCAAGCUAUAACGAAACUGCGUGACAAGCUGAAAUAUCGCACCGAGAAGCAGGUGGACGACGCCGUGCAGCGGCUCGAGACUCAGAUCCACACGCACAACUUCAGACUCAGGGAGGAGGAGAAGAUAGUGCGCGAGAUCAACGAGCUGAAAAAGUCCAAACGCACCAUCCGCGAUUAUGACUCCAAAAAGAGGGAGCUGGAGACGCUCAACCAGAAACAGCGCAGCCUCCGAUACGAGCGGGAUCGGUUCUUCAGCGAGAUCGACAAAAACCAGCGGGAGGAGGAUCGCAUUCUUCGGGAGCGACAGUCAGCGGAAGCCAAUAUCAAAAUGCUCAAUGAAGAGCUGGCGGACCUGCGGCGGCAGCGGCAGGCCGCGGACGAGUCAUACCGGCAACAGGUGGAGCAGUGGCAGCGGUGGCAGCGCGCCGCCGCCGACCGGAGGCGGAAGGCGCGCGAGGACACCGGCCGACCGCCCCCGCCCCCGCCGGCGCCACCGCCCGCCGCCGCGCCGGCCGGGACGGAGCUGCGCGCGCCGCCCGAGCCGUACCGCGCCGAGCUGGCCGCUUGCGAGCAGCUGCUAGCGUACCUACAGCGGCUGGCGCACACGCCCAACGCCACGCCUGCCACGCCGUCCGCGCUACUAACGCCGUCAGGGGCCGCUACGCCGCUGAGUCCCCGGACGCCGGUGAGUCCGCGGACUCCCCAGCCGCCGUCGGAGCCUGACCGGCCUCUGACGGACGUCGACGGCGACAAGCCCAUGUUCGUCCUCCGGCGGCGGGAGGAAGAGACGCCGCAGCCGCCCCCCAGCCGACCCAAACGCCGGCGCGACCGGCGCGGCUCGCAGAGGGUGCGGCCGCUGACGCACACAGCGGAUGUAUUUCAUCAGUUCUGUCUGCUGGGUCUGCAGCCGCCCUGUACCAGCAAGGAGGCGCCGGCUGCCCUCGAGCAGGUCAAGGCCAAGCAGAAAUACUUCCAGAUGUGUGCUCUGAAGGCGCGCCAGGAGCGGGCGGACCGGACGGAGCCGCGGCGGCCGGAGCGGGCGGCCGGGACGGGCGCGCAGGGCGCCGCCGGCGGGCCACCGCUCACCCUGCGGCUCAACUCGAGCCCGCUGAGCGAGCCGCCGCCGCCGCCGCCGCCGGACGGCAUGGUGACGCUGCACAGCAUCGGCGUCCAGCUGCCCUACCAGCUAACGAUGGCGGCGCCGGCCUCGGCCACGCCCUCGCUGGCCUACCUGGCGCAGGCCUCGGUGGACAGCAGCUGCUCGUGCCCGGCGGACGCGGCGUCGCGCCCGCUGAGCCGGGACAGUGGCGUGCCGUCGGCGCCGCUGAGCGCCGAGGCCGCCGAGCCGGGCCGCGACCCAUUCGCAGAGGCGCUGCAGAGUCGACUGGCGGCCGGUGACGGCGCCAAUCCUGCCGCCCCCCGCACGGAGACACUGGAGGUGCCCUGUGCGUCACAGGAGAGCGGCAUCGGCUCCGCGUAAACAAUGUGAUGGAAUAGGAAUGGUACUAAUUUAACGUGUGGUAUGUGCAGUAUUUUUAUAUAUCACCGACUUUCAAACGGAAAUUCUCAUUGCACAGUAUUUGAUAUGCAUCUCCAAAGGUGGUUCUCACGUCUCGACCCGGAUUCCUUAGAACGUGGUAUAUGGCUCAUGUUGUUUUUGGAGCAAUGGAGCAUUGCUACAUUACGCUGCAGAAAAUCAGCGUAUGCGCUUUUACCUUGGACCUUGUUGGAACUAAAUUCCUUAGUUUCUGCAAUAUCGUUGCAUAGCGAUUGCAUCACAGCUUCAAGUGAUUAAAUGACUUAAAAAGCGCGUACGAACCUUAUCGAUGGAUAAGUUACAGACGCUGGUUGCCGUGAACCACUAAAUGUGUUCGUCCUGUUCCAAGUAUUCCGCUAGUCUGUUUGCCCAGUCUUGCUCGUUGUGCUGUGUUAUUCUUUCCUUUCCAUUGUUCCGUUGUGUCGCCGACUGGCGAGUGGCGACACAAGUGGACGAGUCCGCUUCCCGUGGCAAAACGGCGCUCUACGUACCCAGAGACUGAACACACUAGGUAUGUUCUACUUGCUAAAACGACUGGGUAGCUAUCAUUCGUUUCGUGCGAGAUUUUCGUCGGCUCUGUUGAGCGGAAUCCGUCAGGACAGUAGAGAUUAAAUGCGAGGCCAUUGCAACAAUGUCAAUACAGGGUGGGCGUGUCUGGCUGCUGGCUUCGUUGUGUGUGUCUGUGUUUAUCAGUUUGUAAUUGUCCGUCAUGUUGACUGUUUUUACGAGCUUUACUUGCGUGUUGCGUGGCCGCUUUUAUUAGGAUGGGGGUGAUUAUUUUACUGACACCCGUUGAUUCCAAGCUGGUUGUAAUUACAUCUGGACGCGUUUUCGCUUAUUUAUUCCCGGUGGUCGUGUCUCGGUGAGCAUUCGUAUGUGUUCGACGGCUGUUAGGAUCACGUGUGAUAUUCAUUUAGAUAGCUACUGCAUAUUGUUUAAACAUUCACGAUCUGAUCUGAAGGCGUGCAGUAUGGGCUUACACUGAAUGUUUCGAAUGUUUCGUUUUGUAUGCUUCGUUCUCGACUAGGCUGCCCGAUUACAUUACCACUUUUUGAAGAUCAUUGCUAAACUGACGUUCGGACUGCGAUAGGACGAAAUUCACUCGAACCAGCCUGUUAUCUUCUGUGUUCCUAUGUACCGCCGACUGAGGGUUUCUUGCUUGUUUGGAAUGAUCAUUGAUCACAUGAUCACCGUUGGUCAGGUCAUCGCAGGAUCUCUGGCCUGAUUGAUGAGUGUACCUCUCGAGCUGAGCCGCCAACCGGUAUUUUCUGUUCUCUGUUCGCUCCUGUCGCGGUGAUCAGACGCUCUCGGAAGAUGCCUGAGGACGGAGUUUGUGAACGGGGGAGGCCCACUACAUUUGUCGUCGGGAGAAUCUAAGACCUUGUCUAGAAAAGUGACCAUUCUAACACAGGAGCAUGGAAGGAUUCAACGCACCUGAAUUGUUCACCUAACUAACGAACAGUUCAGUCGUUUCCGUGCUUUUGCUCAAGUUCAAGUUGGCGAUUAAACUUAUCCCACAACUGUCUCGCAGCUUAUCCACAUAAAUCAUACCGAGCCUAUUCUUGUACACACUGUUCCAGUGGACUAUAGGAGCGAAUGCCCAGCAGGGCGGAUUAUCCAGGGUGCCGUGUACGUCGAAACUUGCCGUUCUUGCUCAGCUGUGACGUUUGCUGGUUGUAGAGAAUGCAAUACAUGAAAGUUUCUGCA